AUGGUAGUCUCAAUAGGCAUAAUUGCCACUAUUGGUCACCAGAAAAUCCACAUUGGUAUCCUGAGGUGCUUAACCAACAUCGUUGGAGUUUACACGUAUGGAAUAAACUUGGCGAGAGCCGUUUAUGCCGAUGCCGACAUAUAUCUCAUAGACGAUCGUUUAAGCGCCGUAGACGCCCAUGUGGGUAAGCAUAUAUUUGAAAAAUGCAUGGAUAAAUAUUUACGAGGCAAGACUCGAAUUCUCAUUACUCAUCAGUUGCAAUAUCUACGCAACGUCGGUAGAAUUAUCGUUUCAAAGGACGGAGCUAUCCAAACUGAAGGCACUUACGAUGAGUUAGGCUCUAUGGGAAUAGAUUUUGGUCGACUGUUAAAAAAUCAAGUGGAGGCAGAUGAGAAAUCGUCUGUACUUUCCUCGCCUCCCGUUAGCCGUAAAAAUUCGCUCAUUGCCAGUAUCACGUCGCUGAGUUCCUUAAUGACGAAUAAUAGUUCGAAACAGGAUCCUGAUGAGAUGACUGAGAUGCAAACGGUAGGCAAUGUUUCCGGCAAAGUAUUCACUGGUUAUCUCCGUGCUGGUGGCAACUGGUGCGUUAUAUUCAUAGUAACCAUGCUUAGCGUAGCGACACAAUUAGCGGCUAGCGGCAGUGAUUUCUUUCUUGCGAAUUGGGUUAAUAAAGAAAGAUCCUAUAUGAAUCAAACGGAAGAUGGCAUUGUGGAAGACGUUUCCUAAAGAAGUUUCCUUAAUCGCAUGGAGUACAUCUACAUCUACAGUAGUCUAAGCGUGCUGACAAUCGGCAUCACCCUUAUUCGCUCAUGGACUUUCUUCUGGAUGUGCUUGCGGGCUUCAAUACGCUUGCACGAUCGUAUGUUUCGCAGCAUUAGUCGCGCCACUAUGCGAUUCUUCAAUACCAAUACGUCGGGAUAUGUACGCAAUCGCUUCUCCAAGGACAUGGGCGCGGUAGACAAGAUGCUGCCCAUCGCGUUUAUCGAUUCUAUCCAGAUCGGUAUGUCGCUGGUAACCGCCAUCAUCGUGAUCGCUAUCGCAAACGUGUGGCUGCUGAUUCUUACGGUGAUUGCCAGCAUUGUCUUUUAUUACCUGAGAAUCUUUUAUCUGGCCACUAGUUAUAGCGUUAAGCGUCUCGAAAGCUUCAGUAAGUAUUUUCAGCUUCCCCCGUUCACCGAUCUUCCUCACCUGAGCGCAACUCUUCGAGGACUACCGAUGAUCCGUGUGUUUGGAAUGGAAGCGACUCUCACGAAGGAGUUCGAUAAUUAUCAGGAUAUCCAUUCGUCUGUGUGGUACAUCUUCAUCGCAUCCUCCCGCACCUUUGCCUUCUGGGUGGAUGCUUUUUGCUUGCUAUAUAUCACGCUGGUCACACUAAGCUUCCUUAUGAUGGACAACGGCUUUAUGUAUGGCGGAUACGUAGGCCUAGCAAUCACGCAGAGUAUCAAUCUUACUGGGAGAUUACACUGGUGCAUGCGCCAGAGCACCGAGGUGGAGAACCAGAUGGCCUCGGUGGAAUGUAUCCUUGAAUACAACGGUGUAGACAGAGAGCCUCCUCUCGAAAGUGUUCCCGAUAAAAAGCCCAAGUCCGAUUGGCCACGAGAAGGUAAGAUCAAGUUCAAGAACGUGUUCUUGCGCUAUGCGCCUUUAGAGCCGGCAGUGCUCAAGAAUCUCAGCUUCGUCAUCUUUCCGCGGGAGAAAAUCGGCAUCGGCAGAACCGGUGCCGGCAAGUCAUCCCUGAUUCAGGUGCUCUUCCGCCUGGCCGAUGUGGAUGGUCUGAUCGAGAUUGAUGAAGUCGACACAAGCCAGAUAGGUCUACACGAUCUGCGUUCCAAGAUCAGCAUUAUUCCGCAGGAACCGUUUCUGUUUUCUGGCAGCCUAAGGCGGAACCUCGAUCCGUUCGACUUGUAUGCGGAUGAACCGCUGUGGCGAGCGCUAGAGGAGGUCGAGCUGAAGGAGAUAUGCCUGGAGACCGAUAUCAAUGAAGGCGGCUCCAAUCUUAGCGUUGGCCAGAGGCAGUUGGUCUGCUUGGCGCGAGCCAUUGUGAAGAAUAAUCCGAUAUUCGUGCUGGACGAGGCGACCGCGAAU